UGGUAAGUAAGAUUAUAAUAAAUAGACAUGAGGGGCACAUUUAAAAUAUAAUAAAACGUAGGGACAAGGGAAAAAUACAGGAAAUAACUAUGAAACCCUCGAGAAAAGACUUGGUCCGCUUUUCCUGCAUCCUAUAAAUUUGACUCGACUUGGACAAAAACUCUCCAUCUCUCUCUAUAUCUCUCCCUCUCUCUCUCUUCAAGAGAAAGAGAACAAAAAAAUAAAAAGAUCUUCAAAGAAUGGGAAAGUACGGGGAGAUGUUGGAUCUAGGCGUGAGAAUAGUGGCGAGGUUUCAUUCUCACUGUCCUCAGACGGCGCGUCUCUAUUACCAUCCUCCUUCCGACGGCCACCACCAUCGCGGCGUCACUGAUUUAAUCGGAGGUGGUGUAACGGGUGUGUCGGGUCAAGAUUCGAAGGGGUUAGUUGGUGGAUUAGGAGCUGGAACUGUUGCUAGUUGUGGUGUCAAGUCUUCUCAAGUGUAUGAAGACGCCAGAGAUCUCUUGUUAUUCUCUGUUGUUUGAUUGAUUUGUCAACAAAAAAAUUCAUAUUCUUUUGGUUACUGAUUGAGAAAACUGUUCUUGUGAGGUUCUGUGAUACAAUUAAACAAUCUUUGGAUUCCAAAACUAUUGGAUGUUGAUGAUAAUUUGAUUAAUAUUUUUUGUUGGCUCUA